UUUCUCCAUCCUCAAAAAACACACAUCGAUUUUAACUCCAAAAUUUCCGCAAAAUUUACUGUCCAAUUUCCCACCAUUGAUUAAUUAACUCGCAGUAAAAGUAAAUUCCUGUAGCAGGAAUUUAUAUUUAGGAAUCAAUUUUUUAUGUACAUACUUACACACAGAAUUGUAAGAAACCAAGAUUUUUUGUGGGUUGUGAAGACCUCUAGGUGCGAAAUCAGGGGCUUGUCUUCUCCCUCCGUCUGUCUAUUUUCUCUCUCUCAAUUCUUAUUUUCUCUGUAGAAAAUACAGGCAGAAACCAUUUUUUUAAAUAUGCGUGUAUUUCGUUUGAAUUGCGAAUUAUCAAUUUGAUCUGUUGUUUGAGUGGUUUCUCCAUGAAUUUUGUGUCGUCCGUGAGAUGGGUUGCUUUUGAAUUAAAUCAGAAUUUGGGAGUUUUAUGUGUUUCUUGUUCAUUUGAUGGAUGUGGAAUUUGGGUGAUCUGAAAACCCUUGAUCCUGAUUGAUUUGGAUUUUUUGUUUUGGAAUUUGGUGGCUUUUGUUGUUGGAUCUGAGUAUUGUUAGCUCGAAGAAAUAGGGUUUUGAUUUCCAUUCUUGUGUGAAAUUAGGGUUUGAGUAGAUGGCUUCAAAUCCUCCUCCAUUCAUGGUGGAGGAUAACACUGAUGAGGAUUUCUUCGACAGAUUGGUAAAUGAUGAAGAUGAUGUGGACUUUAAGGUGGUUAACACAUUGUCGGCAGUUGUAGGCCCCUAUUCUGCCAACGGGAAUGAAUCCGAUGAGGCUAAGGCCUUUGCGAAUUUGAGUAUCACUCAGGUUGAUAAUAAUUGUGAGUGUAAUGAUGCUAAUGACGAAGAUGCUGAUAACACUAGUACUGGGAUUGAUGGUUUAAGCAGGAUAACUGAGAAAGUUGGGAAAAUGAUGGUGGGGACUGUGGAAGAGAGCAUAAGUACAUUAGAGUCGGAAAAGUCAUUUGAGUUUGAUAAUUUGAUACACAAAUCAGAGAAUGGGAAUGGAGAGGCUGAGGUCUUGUCCAAUACCACUGUGAUGAGUAAGAACGAUGGUGGAUUGGGGGGUGCGGGAGUUAAAGAGGUGGAUUGGAGUGCAUUUCAUGCUGAUUCAGCUCAGAAUAAUAGUCAAGGGUUUGGAUCCUAUUCGGAUUUUUUCACUGAUUUAGGAGGGGAUAUUGCUGGUGAUGCGUUUGGAAAUGUGGGGAAUAGUUCACAUUUUGAGUCCAAUGUUGCUUCUGGGAAUGAAGUACAUGAAAAUUCAACUACCUACCUGCAGAAUCAACAGGAAUAUAAUUACGGUACAACUGCAGAUCAGAGUACAGCCGGUCAGGAUAUGAGUAGCAGUCAGUAUUGGGAGAAUCUUUAUCCCGGAUGGAAGUAUGAUCAAAACACUGGCCAGUGGUAUCAGGUGGAUGGUUAUGAUGCAGGUGCGAGCGUGCAAGCAAAUGUUGACGCUAAUUUGACUUCUGAUUUGGUGCAAUCUCACAGUAAUGAAAAUGUCUCUUACUUGCAGCAAUCUCUUCAGUCUAUCGCUGAGACUGUAGCUGAGAAUGCUACGACUGAGAGUGUUACUAACUGGAAUCAGGUAUCACAAGCGACUGGUGAUCCUACUGAGACUGCAUCUGAUUGGAAUCAGGCUUCACAAGCAAACAACGGAUACCCACAGCAUAUGGUGUUUUAUCCUGAAUACCCUGGUUGGUAUUAUGAUACUAUUGCCCACGAUUGGCGCAGUUUGGACUCGUACGCUUCAACUGCUCAGUCCGCUCAAGCUCAAGACCAGGUGAAUCAGAAUGGGCAUGCGCCGCAUGCCUCGACUGAAACAUUUGCUGAUAACAAUGAUCAGAAGACAUACGGUGGAUAUGACCAAGUUAAUAACCAUGAAACUCAAGGUUUUAGCAGCCAAGGCCAGUAUCAGAACUGGGCGGGGUCCUUCAGCAAUUACAAUCAACAGAAAUCAGCUAUGUGGCAGCCUGAAACUGUUGCCAAUGGUGACUCUACUUACAGAAACCAACAAUUGGAGACUCAACAUGGGCAGGACUUUAUUGCUGUGCCACAAGGUUUUGUUCCUCCUGGGAAUUUCAGCCAUCAGUUUAAUCAGCCGGGAAUCAAUCAUAAUGAGCACAAACAUGUCCCAAAUGAAUACUAUAGCAAUCAGAGUAACAUUAACUUUUCACAGCAACAAUUGCAGAGUGCCCACCAAUUCUCGUCUGCUCCUGCUGGAAGAUCAUCUGCAGGCCGCCCUUCACAUGCUUUGGUAACUUUUGGUUUUGGUGGAAAGCUCAUUGUUAUGAAAGAUAAUAGCACUAUAGGGAGUGCAACAUUUGGAAACCAGAACUCUGCAGGAAGUUCAAUAUCUGUUCUCAACUUAGCAGAAGUAGUCAAUGAGAAAGUCGAUUCUUCAAGCAUUGGAAUGGGUGGUUGUAGUUAUUUGCGGGUUCUCUGUAAACAAGCCUUUCCUGGUCCUCUUACCGGUGGAAGUGUUGGUGUUAAGGAGUUGAACAGAUGGAUUGAUGAGCGGAUAAUGAACUCUGAGUCUUCUGAUAUGGAUUACAGGAAGGGAGAAAUAUUGAGGUUGCUCCUGUCUUUGCUUAAGAUAGCCUGUCAGUAUUAUGGAAAACUUCGAUCUCCUUUCGGUACUGAUGCAGCUUUGAAGGAAGGUGAUAUUCCAGAAUCUGCAGUUGCCAAACUCUUUGCAUGUGCCAAAAAGACUGGUACACAAUUUAGUCAAAGUGGUGCUGCUUCCCACUGCUUGCAGCAAUUGCCUUCUGAAGGACAACUGCGGGCCACAGCUGUUGAGGUUCAAAGUCUUCUGGUUUCUGGAAGAAAGAAAGAGGCUUUACAAUUUGCACAGGAGGGUCAGUUGUGGGGUCCUGCCUUAGUUCUUGCAGCACAAUUGGGUGAUCAGUUCUAUGUUGACACUGUGAAGCAAAUGGCACUUCGCCAGUUGGUAGCAGGGUCACCUUUGCGAACAUUAUGCCUGCUAAUUGCUGGUCAACCAGCUGACGUCUUCUCAGCAGAUUCCACAGCUGAUGGUAGCAUGAUUGGUGCUAUAAAUGUGCCUCAGCUACCUGGUCAAUUUGGUGCCAAAGGCAUGCUGGAUGACUGGGAAGAAAAUUUGGCUGUGAUAGCUGCUAACAGAACAAAAGAUGAUGAACUUGUCCUUAUUCAUCUGGGAGAUUGUUUAUGGAAAGAGAGAAGUGAUAUCAUAGCCGCUCACAUAUGCUAUUUGGUUGCGGAAGCGAAUUUUGAGGCAUAUUCAGACAGCGCCAGGGUUUGUCUUGUUGGUGCAGAUCACUUAAAAUUUCCACGAACGUAUGCUAGUCCAGAGGCUAUUCAGAGGACAGAGAUAUACGAAUAUUCAAAGGUGCUAGGAAACUCUCAGUUCACCCUUCUUCCAUUUCAGCCGUACAAGCUCGUAUAUGCGCACAUGUUGGCUGAAGUUGGGAGAAUGUCAGAUGCAUUGAAGUAUUGUCAAGCAGCAUUAAAAUCACUUAAAACUGGUCGAUCUCUCGAGGUGGAAACGCUCAGACAGUUAAUAACAUCUCUUGAGGAAAGGAUAAAAGCUCACCAACAGGGUGGAUUCUCCACAAAUUUAGCCCCUGCCAAAUUGGUGGGUAAAUUGCUCACCCUUUUCGAUAGUACUGCUCAUCGGGUUGUUGGUGGCCUACCCCCGCCUGUGCCGACUGCAGGUGGCACUGGACAUGGUACAGAGCAUCAUCAUCAAUCAAUGGGACCUCGGGUAUCAACUAGUCAAUCAACAGUGGCUAUGUCAUCAUUAAUUCCUUCUCAAUCCAUGGAAUCUAUAAGUGAAGGGGCAGCCGAUGCCAGUAAAAUGACAAUGCAUACAAGAAGUAUUUCAGAACCUAACUUUGGAUUUAGUCCAAUACAGGGUCAGGCUGAUUCAGUGAAGGGAGCUAAUUCCACUGGUGAGCAAGAUAAAGAAUCAGCCGCAGGAAGUACAACUCGUUUUGGCCGUUUUGGUUUUGGAUCUCAGCUACUGCAAAAGACUGUAGGUUUAGUGUUGAAGCCCCGUCAAGGUCGCCAGGCAAAAUUGGGUGAACAAAACAAGUUUUAUUAUGACGAAAAACUUAAGAGAUGGGUGGAGGAAGGUGCUGAAGCUCCAGCACAGGAAGCAGCACUUCCACCCCCACCACCAACUUCAGUUUUCCAGAAUGGAACAUCAGAUUAUAACUUAAAGAGUGCAUUACAAGGUGAAACUUCUCAUAGCAAUGGAAGUGCAGAGAUUAAAAGUCCCAGUGGUCCAGAUCAUAGUUCAGGAAUGCCACCACUUCCUCCAACCUCCAAUCAAUUCUCAGGCCGUGGAAGAAUGGGUGUUAGAUCAAGGUAUGUUGACACCUUUAACAAGGGUGGUGGCAACCCAACAAAUUUGUUCCAGUCUCCAUCUGUUCCUUCUGCUAAGCCAGUGAGUGCAGCCAACCCAAAAUUCUUUGUGCCAUCAUCCGUACCCUUUGUUGAAAAGUCCGUCGAUACCCCUGCAAAUACCAUGCAAGAUACUUCAUAUACUACUGAAAAUCCUUCUACUCCAAGUGAUUUAUUUUCGUCUCCUGCACUUCCAUCUUCCAUGGCCAUGCAAAGAUUCCCAAGCAUGGGCAGCAUCUCUAACACGGAGACUACGAGUGGCAAUGGCUCGUUUUCAGCUCAUUCACGGCGUACAGCAUCAUGGAGUGGAAGUUUUGACGGUUCUUUCAGUCCUCCUGAUAAGGCUGAAGUAAAACCUUUGGGAGAGGUAUUGGGAAUGCAACACCCUUCAGUCUUCGCGCCAAAAGACUCUUCUUUAGUGCAACCGGGAAUGAAUGGGCCUGGCUUUGGGGAAGACCUUCACGAAGUGGAACUCUGAUGCACUAUGGAUGUAAAUAGUAAAUUUUGCUUCUCUUAAGUUCGUCAUGCUGCUAAAGAUUGUGCCCAAAUUUUCUCACCAGGUAUAUUUUGUUCGAAGGAGACCCGAAGUUUUUCUUGUUUUUCUUUGUUCUUUUUCUUUCUUUUAUACUCUCAAUUGUUGUCCCUUCUCGUUCUCUAUUAUUAUCUUCACACCGUAUGUUGAAAAUCAGUUGUUACCUAGCUGUUUGAUGUACUUAUAGAGAUAGAUUUCACUCGUCUCCUCAAAGUUAGUGCCGUGCUGUUCUCAUAAUAUUGGCAUACCGCAAAGAAAUAGUUCAAACUGUACAGUUCAUUUGUUCAAGGAAUGUAACUUCUGAAUGAAUUCAAGAGAAUGGACACUGUAUCAAGUUCAACUACCAAUUUAAACAAAAUAAAAUUCAAUUUGUUUCAGCAAAA